CAGGUAGGUAUGAAGGAGAAUUAUGAGAGGCGGUGCGUAAACAGAGUGGGCGAAGAUGGCGUCGAGUAAGAAGGGAGGAGAGAAUGGCAAGCUGGAGAGAGUUGUGAAUGGAAGACGCUCAUCUAAAUUCAAAGAGGGUCCUGUUGUGAUGGAUUCCCAGGCAGUGUUUGAGGCCCUGUACAGCGUGUGUGAAGAAAAUGUCACUUUCUUCUCGGGCGGAACCAAGGGGACUCAGGGUGAUGCGGGCCAGCGGCUGGUGGAGGUCAUGAAACGGAUCCAGGACCAUGCUCGCAAUCUGGAACCUGUCAUUUCUGGCUUCGCAGCCGUUUAUCACCAUUUUGACUUUGACCCACACAUACCUGCUAAUGGCUACCGCUCGCUCGUCAAGGUUGUGCGUUGCUGUCUUCUCCACAUCAUCCACAAGGGGCGCUACAUCACAGCCAACCGUCGCAGCAUCUUCUUUCGGGUAGCACACAACGCGGGGGAGAUGGAAGCCUACUGCAAUGCGCUCUGUCAGCUGCGCGCCCUGCUUUACCUGGCCCAGCGCAUGCUACAUGACAACAGCCACGGAAACCUGUUCUUCCAGGAUGAAAGCGGGCUCAGCGAGAGCUUUAUCCGCGAAUACGCCUCCAUGCAUAAAGGAUGUUUCUAUGGCCGCUGCCUGGGCUUUCAGUUUACCCCGGCCAUCCGACCAUGUCUUCAGACCAUCGCUAUUGGCCUUGUGGCCUUUGGAGAAAACUAUAAGCGUCAUCAGUCAGGAAUAGUGGACGCAGGAGGUAUUGCACCAUAUGGUGUGGCAGCCAGCUCUUUCUUUACCUCAGGGAAGUACGCCAUCGACCCAGAGCUGAGAGGGGCAGAAUAUGAACGGAUCACUCAGAACCUGGAUGUGCAUUUCUGGAAGGCCUUCUGGAACAUCACAGAGACUGAGGUCCUGUCGAGUCUUGCCAGUAUGACCUCUACUCAAGUCAAGGUGAACAGAGCGCUUUCUGUGCCCCCUGUGCACUUCGAUCUUCCGCUAGCUGCCAACCACAGAGCGUCUGUGACAAUAGCUCCACCUUCAGCACAUGUCGGCACUGCUCCUGUUCAAAUGAGACUCAUUUCUUAUGAGUUGCGGGAAGGACAGGACAGUGAAACUCUGCUAUCUCUCACUCGAUCUGAGGGAGGCGCUAUUUCUUUAUCCCUGGGGUUGAAAACCAAGCGCCUCCCUUCUUCGCCCUGCCUUCUGAUCCACUUCCAUGGGGGAGGAUUUGUGGCCCAGACCUCAAAGUCCCAUGAGCCUUACUUGAAGAGCUGGUCCCAGGUACUUGGUGUUCCCAUCCUGUCAGUGGAUUACUCUCUGGCCCCUGAAGCCCCAUUCCCACGCGCACUUGAAGAGUGUUUCUAUGCCUACUGUUGGGCUCUAAGAAACCACCAUCUACUUGGAUGGACCGGAGAGAAAGUGUGUUUGGCCGGUGACAGUGCCGGGGGUAACUUAUGUGUGACCACAUCGAUGCGCGCCGCUGCCUUUGGUGUGCGAAUGCCAGAUGGCAUCGUGGCAGCCUACCCAGCUACACUGCUGACGGCCUACGCAUCGCCCUCCCGUCUGCUUACACUUAUGGAUCCCCUGCUGCCGCUCAGUGUGCUCUCCAGGUGUCUCAGUGCCUAUGCAGGUAAUGAGCCGCAGACAGAGAAGCAGGUAGAAAAAGUGAGCACGUUGAGCCUGGUGAGAAGAGACACGGCCCUGAUGCUGCGAGAUUUCCGACAGGGUGCCUCCAACUGGUUCCAAUCUCUGCUGGAUCCCAACAGAGCGUCGGCCUCCUCCAACACAGCUGCCGAGACAACACCAGCAGCCCCCGAUACGCCGACAGCUGAUACAGUGAGAAAAAGUGUCUCGGCAGCCUCCAUCUCCUCGCCUCACGCCGACCCGCCUGUGCCCAACAAGCCAUCGGAGUUCCCCAGCAGAAAAUUAUCUGUGAAGAGCAAGACAUGCCAGGACUUGGGAUCCCACAGCAGUCCCAUCCCCCAAAGUUCACCGCUGAUGUCUGAGCAUGCUGUGGAGGAUGUGAGUUUUUUCCUCUCCAGGGAUAGUGACCCCUCCAUGUAUGAUGACCUGUCCUCUUUGGCCAUUCCACCCCCUGUCGUAGAGGAAGAAUCGGAGCUGGAGCGCCCCAGGGAGUUCCCUCUGGGUUUUGAGCCACUGCGCUCGGAGCAGCUUGCUGAAAUGACAAUGCAGAGCUCUCCAGUGGUCAAAGAUCCUUUCUGCUCACCUCUGCUGGCUCCUGACAGCAUGCUGAAGGGGCUGCCUCCUGUACACAUAGUGGCUUGUGCUUUGGACCCAAUGCUGGACGACUCUGUGAUGUUUGCCAAGCGUCUGAGGAGCGUAGAGCAGCCCGUCACCCUGUGCAUUGUGGACGACCUCCCCCACGGCUUCCUCAGUCUAUCACAGCUCUCCAAGGAGACGAAGGAGGCCGCCAACGUCUGCGCGGAGCGAAUUCGCGCAGUCUUCAACCAGAAGGACACACCCCCAGAACCACGCAAGCACCGCAAACUGGAGCGGACCGAUAGGGGAGAACUGCCGCCCUCUAGGGAAACUGGUGCUCUGCUUGCCGGCCCUCAUGAGAAUGCAGAGGCAGCUGUUGGGAAAGGGGCUAAAAUGUCUGAUGGAGAGGGCUCAGUUGCUGUGGCAGCCCAGAAUAACUCUGACGCUGGUGGCAUCGGUGCUUAAAUGAGUUUGGGGGGGGUGGGGGAGACUGCAGUUCACCAAAGGAGUGAAGAGAGAGAGUGAGAGAGUAAAUGAAAGUCAUAUUGAUGUAAGCAGUGCAAUGCCUAAAUGAGAAACGGAGGGAGCGUCUUGAAAAACUAAAAGACCACUGGGUGGGGGCAGUCUAAAAAAUUGCCUAGCGUUUGAAAGAUAAAUAAGGGGAGGUGGAGCGCUGAAAGGUAUCUCUUUCUGCUUUUCAAUUCUUACCACUUGUCUGUGCGACAUUAUGCACCAACGCAAAUCUGUCAAAGAAACGAA